GUAACAAACCGGUGGUGUGGGCACACUCACUCCCUCGAUGGGGUCGCCCAUCCCCAUGGAGCCCUUGCGCUCGUUGAGUCCACCACGAUUGGUCGUGCCGCAGCUGCCACAUGCGCCGAUGGUGUCCGACAUCUUCCCCCAGCGACUGGACGUGUCUCCUCGUCGCAUUCCAGAGCUCCACCGCUCCAUGGAGGUCCUUCCUCCAGGCUCCCCCGUCUCGCGGCACCGCGCCCUGCACGUGCUGGGCUCGCCCCCAGUGGGUGGCGCCUUCAUGUCGCCUGUCCGCUUGGCACCGGGGCACUGCUCCGUAGGGCCGAUGCGUCCGCCUGAGGCCCACCGGCAGGUCGUGGAGAUCAGACCCAGACCUUUGCAACAAGUGUUGCGAGAAGUGCCCCAAGGGCCAAUCUUAGCAAACCCAUCUCAGUUGACCAAUCCACAGCAGCUUCCAACAUACCGAGAAGCUCAAAGUGUUCAGAGAAGCCAGAUGAGGCCUUUGGUGCCUUGCGACACUUCUGGACGUGCCUACCACGCACCUGUGGCAGCGUUGCCACCGCGUAUGGUGCCAGUGCUCCAGUUUCAGCCUGCACACCCAGCACCACUUGCACCAGCACCUCCAGCAGCAGUUGUGCCUCAACGAGCUUCACCACAAGCACCAGAUCCUCGUUGCCUGUUGACACCGGCAACCACCCACCGCCAACCUGCGGGCGGUCUGAGCGUUCUGAGCCCCGCGGGCGGUUCGGGAGAUCUACAGGUCCGGGUCCAGGAAAGCCCAAGGACGUUCAGUCCACCAAGAGCUCUCAGUCCACCAGCCCUGCCAGUGGCCCUGCCAGUGGCUUCCAGUUCGCCUAGCCCACAGGCGAGUCCCAGAGCGCCCUCGCGAGCUUGUGAGGAUUCCUUGGCGAAGCAGCUCCGUGCCUUGCAGGAGGCCAAGGUGGCGGCAGCCGAGACGGUGGCGCAGAGUGAACAGGCCCUCCUGGUGCGACGAGGGCAACUGAAGCGAGAAACCUUCAAAGCGCUGCAGUGUGGCAGUCUCGCAGAGGCCCUGCGGCGCUGGCCCUCGCCCGACGCCGCGCCCGCCAUGCCGCCGGAGACGGCGCUGGUGCCCACGCCGGCCCCCGAGCUGGCGAGCGGGCGUGUGGAGCUUCCGGAGGAGGACCAAUGCGCGGAGGAGGACUUCGAACUGCCCAACUCCUCAUCACCGGUGGAGCUGACUCCUCCCCUAGCUCCGCCUGAGGUGUCCACGGAGGUGAGGGAAGAAGCUCCCGUCGCCUCCUCGCGGUCUUCACGGAGCCGUGAGCGAUUGGUGCAGGAGGAGGCGACUCGAUGCUGCAAAGCCCUCGGCAAGAUCGCGUCCCGGAUCUCCAAUAAGCAUCUCAGAGACCUGCGAAAGCCGCAGAAAUCGCUGCCCCCGCAGGUGUUGAAGAUCCUUGGGGCGAUCGCGCUACUUCUGGGUGAAAAGGAGGGAAGGUCGUUUUUGAAGAGGAUACUUGCUGAUACACUUCCGCAGAGGCUCUCGACCUUGGAUCCCGCCAGCAUCACGGGCGCGCAGCGCGGGAAGCUCCGUGCACUGCUGAGCGCGCCGGAUUUGCAGCCGGAUGCCGUGGCCAAACUGUGUCCGUCCUGCACCGCACUGGCCCAGUGGUGCGAAUGUAUCAUGAUCUUCUUGACACGAACUCAAGCGCUUCAAUCUGAAAAGGAUGUGAAGUCAGUGUCAGAGAAAUUGGAGUACCCUUCGGAGAAUCAGAACGGCAGCCUAAGUAAAAGCAGCACCGAGUCCAGGUUGAUUGUUGAGCCUGACCUGUCGCGAUUGGAUCAAGAUGAACUGAAAACGGUGCACGAGCUCACCGUCACCAAGCCUCACAUCGGAUCGGUGGUCUUUCAUGGCAUCACGGAUUGCAGCAACCUAGACCCACACAAGGACAUCGUGCUGAAGCGGGGCUAUGUCCUCGUGUACCCAGAUGCCAAGAACAAGCCUCCUCCGGGUGAGGGCUUGAACAAGCCCGCCACCGUGACCAUGUAUGAGUGCUUCCCACCUGGCGUGGCGAUCGGCGAACACGAGGCCGAUCAUUACAAGGAGGGGCACACGAGUUCGAGGGCGCCCUGGGGAGGAUGAAGGUGAAGCGGAUUGCAAGAGAAACCACGGCUCAUUGUUGCGGAUGGCCAGAUCCUUGAUGAAACCACUCGGUGCUUUACAAGUCAAGUACCCACGUACAGACCCAGAGCUUCUUCACAUUUUGUUGAGAGUUCCGUGAGGGGAAGAUCCGGAAAAUGACCGAGGAGAAUGGUGCAUGCAAGUUUAUCGACUAUGACUGCCAGACUGGAAUCUGGAAAUUCGAUGUUGCACGUUUCUAGGCCUUGGUACCUGCCCAUGGCCGCCCGCCAACGACAACCUAGACCGGCACCACCCGGGUUUGGAGA